CAGGCUCGAUCACCGGCAGGGCAGAGUGGGCAGCUGCCGGACUUGUCGCACAGCGUGAAGCUCGAGUACGUGAGGUUGGGCUGCCGCUACCUGAUCAACCACAUCCUGACCUUGUUGUUGAUCUCCCUCGUGGCCGCGGUGGCCAUCGAGGCCCUGAGUACUCAGUGGCUCGACCUGGAGUACGACCUGGUGAGCGUCCUCGUCGUCUUCGUCGUCGUCGUCGUCUUGGGAUCCACUGUCUACCUCAUGGCCCGGCCGCGCCCGGUCUACCUCGUCGACUACGCGUGCCACGUUCCCCCACACGAGCUCCAGAUCCCGUUACAACUGCUGAAGGAGCGGUGCGGCAAAUUCGGCACGUUCGACGAGCCGACCGUCGAGUUCCAGUUAAAGGUCCUCGAGCGCUCCGGGCUCGGCGAGGAGACGUACGCCCCCAAGGCCAUGCAUAGCGUCCCGCCCCGCCCUUCCAUGGCCUUAGCCCGAGAGGAGACCGAGCAGGUCAUGUUCGGCGCCCUCGACGCCCUCUUCGAGAACACCGCCGUGAACCCCAAGGACGUGGGGGUCCUUGUCGUGAACUGCAGCCUGUUUAACCCCGUCCCUUCCCUCUCCGCCAUGAUCGUCAACCGAUACAAGCUCCGGAGCACCGUCAGGAGCUUCAACCUGGGCGGCAUGGGGUGCGGCGCCGGCGUUAUAGCCGUCAGCCUCGCCGGCGACCUCCUGCAGGUGCACCACGCCACCUACGCCGUCGUGGUCAGCACGGAGAACAUCACCCAGAACUGGUACGCCGGCAGCCGCAAGUCGAUGCUCAUCGCCAACUGCUUGUUCCGCGUCGGCGGCGCCGCCGUGCUGCUCUCCAACCGCUUGGCCGACCGCCGGCGCGCCAAGUACAGGCUCGUUCACGUCGUCCGCACCCACCGGGGCGCCGACGACAAGGCCUACCGCUGCGUCUACCAGGAGCAGGACGACGACGGCAACGUGGGUGUGUCCCUGUCGAGGGAACUCACGGCCAUAGCGGGCGGCGCCCUCAAGGCCAACAUCACCACCCUCGGCCCCCUCGUGCUCCCCGUCAGCGAGCAGCUCCUCUUCCUCGCCAAGCUCGUGGCCAAGAAGCUGUGGAGCGACAAGACGAAGCCGCACAUCCCGGACUUCAAGCGCGCCUUCGACCACUUCUGCAUCCACGCAGGGGGCCGGGCGGUGAUCGACGAGCUCGAGAAGAACCUGGAGCUGCGGCCCGUCGACGUGGAGGCGUCCCGGAUGACGCUGCACCGGUUCGGGAACACGUCGUCGAGCUCCAUCUGGUACGAGCUGGCCUACAUCGAGGCCAAGGGGAGGAUGCGCAAGGGCCACCGGGUGUGGCAGAUCGCCUUCGGGAGCGGCUUCAAGUGCAACAGCGCCGUGUGGCAGGCGCUCCGCAACGUGCAGCCCUCGCCCCAUGGGCCAUGGGAGGACUGCAUCCACAGAUACCCCGUCCAAACAUCCCACCGGAUUGCUUCACCACGGCAAGACGCACAGCCACAGCCGCAGCAGCAUUGACUCUGCUGUGACCUGGCAUUUAGCCCUGACAACAAUAACAAGCAAGAGACCGAACACAGACUUGUUUAGUGAUCCUCU